GAUAAAGAGUGGAGGAGUGGUGCUUCACUCCAAGUGUUUGCUGCCCCCUUGUGGUCUCAGGGAGUGCUGUCGUCCCAAAUCCCUUUUUAACAGUCUGCUGGCCACCCAACGGUUUCACUAGCGUCUCAAAUUCAGCAUGUCGAAAAGAAGUCUGAAACUGGGAGUCAUCCUAGACUCUUUCCUUCUCAGUUCAGUCACCAACUCUUCACCAAACCUACGUCUCCCAACUUAAUCUACUUUUCUGUAUUCCCACUGCCAUUUCUCUUAAUUCUCACAAAUAAUUUAACAACUAUUUGAGCGCCUAUUAUACACUAGGCAACAUACGAGUCUCAGUGGACACGCCCCCGGGACCCCGCGGCCUGUUCACCGGCCCGCGGCCGUUGGUCGAGGCCCAGUUCCCCCACCCCCACCCCCUCUGGCGGCAGCACAAAUUGGUUUGCUCACAAAUUGGUUUGCCCCCUGAUGAAAACCCUCCGUGGCUUGCCAUGCCCACAGAAUUAAGUCCAAUGUCAGAACUCGGUGACCAAGGGACUCCCCCGCGCAGCAGCAGUCACUUCGAACGGAACCUCUUGCCUCUGUCCAAAGUAAAACCCAAUGCUUCGCCUUUGUUCUUGCUGUGCGCCCAGCUGGUGACGCCAGCGGAACCAUCUUCUCAGGGCCAGAUCCUUCCCAACUUUGGGACACGAGUCUCUGAUGGUGGCUCCUCUCCGCAGGGCUCUCUCUCCACCCCAGUAGGGAUGCCCUUGCUCCAGGAUGUAACAUCGGAGACUGUCUACAUGUUCAUGGUCUCGGGAUGUUCUGGCUCAGCUGACUCCUAGACGUCCCCGCGAAACUCAGCUUUCCCGCUGAGGCACCGCUAGGCACGGCCCCUUAGGUCCCGCCCCUACACGGCGUGCGCGGCCCCGCGGCUUCGGCGCGCUCCCGGCUUGGGCGCCAUCUUGGCUCCUGAUCGAAUUUGAGGCGUGCGCGGCCAGGGCGUGGGCCGUGAAAUUCAGACACAACAGCAAGUGGGAUGGAGCACUACCGGAAAGCUGGCUCUGUGGAACUCCCAGCACCUUCUCCGAUGCCCCAGCUACCUCCUGAUACCCUGGAGAUGCGGGUCCGAGAUGGCAGCAAAAUCCGCAACCUGCUGGGGCUGGCACUGGGUCGAUUGGAGGGUGGUAGUGCACGGCAUGUGGUGUUCUCAGGUUCUGGCAGGGCUGCAGGAAAGGCAGUCAGCUGUGCUGAGAUUGUCAAGCGGCGGGUACCAGGCCUCCAUCAGCUUACCAAAUUGCGCUUCCUGCAGACCGAGGACAGCUGGGUGCCAGUCUCACCUGACACAGGCCUAGAUCCCCUCACGGUGCGCCGCCAUGUACCUGCAGUGUGGGUACUGCUCAGCCGGGACCCCCUGGACCCUAAUGAAUGUGGCUACCAGCCUCCAGGAGCACCCCCUGGCUUGGGCCCCACAUCAAGCUCCAGCUGUGGCCCACGACCCCGAAGAAGGGUUCGAGACACUUGGUCCUGAAGAUCUGCUGAGCAAGCUGUUCCCCAGGCAUGGAUGUCUAGGUUGGCUUUGCCUUCUCUGAGAAGUCUCUGUAACUGUUCAACAUCCCCAACAAGACUUGAAUCUACAGAAAUAAGCCUCCCUGUCCUGCUUCCCCUUCUCUCUGGUGUGUGAAAAGGGACUGCUACAGUGACAGGUGUGCAGUCUUAGGUGGCUUCUGGAUUGCUUAAGAAGGGCUUACUCAGCCUUCUCCCUACUGUGCUUCUGUCCUUUCUUCUGACAGAAAUCCAGGGAGUGGUUAGGAAAUAAAGGUUCUGCCUAAUUGUC